CUACCUAAUACCGAAAACCAGCUGGUUUGCAUAAUCCAAACAGUUAGUACUAAACGCUGAGCUGUUAUACACGCGAGGACUACAAGAAAAAAGGAAAAUCAUGCAGAAAUUCGUAUUGCUAUUCAUACUUCUAGUUGUGGCCUACGUGAGUGCCGAAAGUAAAACAGAAAUGUGCAAGAAACUUGGAAACGAAACUUGGGCAUCAUGCGGAGCACAGUGUGAACCACUCUGUUCCGAGCCGGGCGUAAAGCCUGAUACUUGUGGCGAAUUGCCAUGUAAAGGAAGUUGCCGUUGCGCAAAGGAUUAUAAUAGAAACAGCGAAGGCAAAUGCGUUUUGGCUAAGGAUUGUUAACUACACCGCGUUUUCGUAUAUAUUAAUCAACUUAAUCACAUUGUUAACUUUUGCAAAGAAAUAAAUAUUGUUUAUUCAUUCA